GCUAAAAUCGUGUGUAACGCUAAAGACACGGCGCACACCCGAGCAGAGCGGGAGAUCCUGGAGAAAGUGAGACACCCAUUCAUCGUGGACCUGCUGUACGCCUUCCAGACCGGAGGAAAGCUCUACCUCAUCCUGGAGUGUCUGAGCGGAGGAGAGCUCUUCAUGCAGCUGGAGAAGGAGGGCAUCUUCAUGGAGGACACGGCCUGCUUCUACCUGGGAGAGAUCAUUCUGGCCCUGGGUCACCUCCACUCCAACGGGAUCAUCUACCGAGACCUGAAACCGGAGAACAUCAUGCUCUGUCACCAUGGACACAUCAAGCUGACGGACUUCGGCCUCAGCAAGGAGUCGAUCCACGACGGAAGCGUCACGCACACUUUCUGCGGCACCAUCGAGUACAUGGCUCCAGAGAUCCUGAGCCGCUUGGGUCACAACAGAGCCGUGGACUGGUGGAGCCUUGGGGCCCUGAUGUACGACAUGAUGACCGGAUCGCCUCCGUUCACAGCUGGAAACAGGAAGAAGACGAUUGAUAAGAUCCUGAAGUGUAAACUCACCCUCCCUCCGUACCUGACGGUCGAUGCCCGAGACCUCAUCAAACAGCUGUUGAAGAAAAAUCCAUCCAAACGACUCGGCUCAGGGAUAAACGACUCUGCUGACAUCCAGAGACAUUCCUUCUUUAAAACCAUCAACUGGGACGAGCUCCUGAAGAAGAGGCUGGAGCCGCCGUACAAACCACAGCUGCAGUCAGAGGAGGACGUGAGCCAGUUUGACACCAGGUUUACCCGUCAGACCCCGGUGGACAGUCCGGACGACACCACGCUGAGCCACAGUGCCGAGCUCGCCUUCGCUGGUUUCUCCUUCGUGGCUCCGUCUGUCCUUGAGAGCCUGAAGGAGGGGUUCUCGUUCGAACCCAGAUCCCGUCGCGUUCGCCGUCACAACAGCAGCCCACGCACACCCAUCAGUCCUUUGAAGUUCUCUCCUGCCGGACCCUUUAAAUCCAGUAUGGACGGUGAGCCGGACCUUUUCUCUCCGGUGUCUCCACCAGCAGCUCCGCCUCGGGUCCCGCUGGAAAACGGACCCACCACUCAGCCCAUCAAGACGCCUUCGAGGAACAAGAAGAAGAAAGGACACCAGAGAUGAAGAGGACACGGAUUCAGCGCUCAUGUUUUCUGCUGAGCACCAUGAGUUCUGACCCGGUGUUGAAGCUCAAACUCUUUGUCCGUUUAUUUUAUUUUAUUUUUAAUGGUUCAGAUAACAGCUACUGGGACUAAUCAGGUUUAAAGUCCCCAGCUGUCUCCUGUUGAUUUAACACCGGAUCUUUUUAUUUACAAAGCUUUAAUUGAUGUAUUUGGACUGAUGGCUAUGUCACACUGAGGCAGUAUUACACAAGAAAAAAAUAUGAAAUAUAAUUUAAUUAAGGCCAAACAAGCCAUUGAUUUUUCUCCACCAGCUCCUGGGCAUGAGCUCGAGUGGUCAAGGUCGGCGCCUGACGGAUCGAGCGCUAAUCUGCUCAUUUAAUUACAGCAGGAGGGACGGAGCUGUACUAAGUUUUUAGGCGUAAUUAGUUCCUCAAAGACUCUCACAAGCUGACGUUUAAUUACAGAGCUGAUGACGGAUCGCUUGAUUGAAAUCAAGAUUAUUUUCUGCGCAGGUCGAAACCCGAACCCGACCUUCGCCCUGGAGGACGAGGAGUUUUUUUAACCUUCGUCCUGCAGCCUCUGGACUUCUUUGGGUUUUCUUUAUUUUGUGUGCAUGAAAAAGUCUAAAGCUUAACGAGAGUAAUGUAAUGACAUCAUCAUAAUGAUCGCUGCCUAUUGAUCGAAGCAAACAGAUGUUUCCUGUGUGAACCAAUCAGAGCACACGUGGCCUUGAAGAGAAAAGUGCUGCAGUAACAGACUGCAUGUUUAUAAUUUAUGAGACAUUAAGCUCUUCUAGUCGACCCCAACAUGAAAUGGGUUCAAUCAAACGAGGGUCUUUAAUAUAUUUAGAUUAAAAUGA